AUGAUGUCCAAAUUCAAUCCCAACAACAAUCAGAAUCCUCAAUCGCAUCAUCAUCAUCGGUUAAUGAUGAAUCCUGCCUUUUUUCAAUCCUCUACUACACAAACACCAUCAGUUUCAUCAUCGGUUCGGGAUAUUCCAAUUGAAAUUGUGGAGAGUAGGAGGUCAUCCACUGCUACCACUGCAUCAACAUCUGCGCAGAUGAGAGCCUCUUCCUAUCGAGAACCUAUCUCAUCCUCUCAAGCACACACAAGUCAUCGGAGUCAACAAGGAAGAAAUAAUCACCAUGCAGUUCAUCAGCAGCAGCAACAACCAUUAAAUAUUCCUAGUUCUUCUUCCAGAAUGAUUGGGAGCCUUAAGCGACGGCCCUCUUCUGCAUCAUCCUCCAUUCAAAACGCUAUCGAUGAGGACGAAGAGAAUGUCAUCUCCGAAGAGGAGGAGGAGCCUUCAUCCUUGUACGAAAUGACACGAUACUUGAACAAGAAAAAUUCAACCAACAACGAGUCUAUCCAUCAUGAAGAGGAUGAAAAUUUUGUGGUACAAAAUACAAAAUUAUUCAAGCCAGUCGUUAAGCAAAGCAUGAAAAAUGAUUUUGAUGAAAUUCCAAUUCAUGCAAAAUAUAAUCAGCAUCAGGAAAUGCAUGAUGUGGAAGAACAAGAUGAAACACUUGAUCAAGACGAUGACACACCUACUUCGAUUCAUGAAUCUCCAAUUAAGGCAAGACAACCUCCUCGAUCUGGAGCCAAGCAUAGGAGAACCCUAUCAUCAAGAAUUUUGCCAAGCAAUAAUUUUAACCAGAGACGAGAUAAUGACUCGUCUUCCGACUCGGCGUCGCCUCCACAGUUGCCACCACAAUCAAGGCAGUAUCGUUCGCCGGUGGUCGAAGAGACAAAAGUUCAAGAGGAUUCUCCCAAUGUGAACGAUAAAAAACCAUUAAGGAAACAAGCCCGAUAUCCUAAAAAAUUGCUAGAAAAACCAACGCAUGAAAUUGUUGAAGAUGAGCAAGAGCAUAUCGAAGAAAACAAUAAUCUCGUUUUUUCAAAUGACCAAGAAGAUUCUGAAGAACACGAGUACAAAUCUCAAAAACAAACACUUUCUCGAAAUAGAUCAGCUCCUUCGUCUUCCUCUCUGAAAGAAAUGAAACGACUACAAGAGGAAAAUCUUCGACUUCAGGGCGAGAUCAAUGAACUGAAACGAGACAAAAACGAAAUGAUAAAGCUUCACAAUGACAAAAUUCACAGCCUCACUGAUAGACAUAACUUGGAGAUACAAUCUCAACAACAACGUAUGGAAAAAAUUUUGGAUGAAAAAGAUUCUAAAAUAACCGAGCUUCAAAGAGAAAAUGAGAGGCUCAAGUCAGAGAUUGGACUGUUGGAUAAAAGUAAGGACGGUCAAGACACUAACAAGUUGCUUCAAGAGCUCGAACAAAGAGGAAAUCUCUUCAACAAUUUGAACAUGAAAAAUUAA